CAAAAUUUGUGCAUGUGUGUAAAACGUCAAUGAAUUAGCUAAUCUGCACAUGAGGUUUUACAAGUUUGUCUAAAAUGUUUGGGAUACCAUUCUACUAAUGUUAUUACUAGUUACCUCUGCCAAGGAGGUUAUGUUUUCGGUAGCGUUUGUUUGUUUGUUGGUUGGUUUGUCUGUUAGCAACAUUACGGAAAAAGUUAUGAACGGAUUGCUCUGAAAUUUUUUCCAGAGGUGUGACUGGGGACAAGUAACAAUCCAUUAAAUUUUGGUGUUGAUCCAGAUCACCGUCUGGAUCCUGGAACCUGAGUGCUUGACAGAAACUAUCUAUGCAAAUAACUACCGAAUAGGCUAUAUAUUAAAAAGAAUAACUAAAAGUUGUAAAACCAUGAAUUAAUGACUUUAUUAUUCGGCUCAGUGUUUUUAAGAGACGUGUGUACUCUUUUGUUGUCACAAUUCAUUCCUAUUCUCAUUAAAAAUUUUCAGUGAGAAGUUAAAAAGGAAAAGGUGGCUUAAAGUAGCUUUUGGAUGUGUUUGACUUUUAUACAAUUACGCCUUGUUCUGAAUGUCAGCGGGAGGAACCUUUUUCAUUCAGAGGCAGAUAUAAAAACAGAAUGUGGUCGAGUCAGUCAUAUGGGUUGACAUAACAGGGAUUCCUGCACCUCUGCUGGCACAGACUGGUUCCAGAGAGCUGAGGAAAGUCCCUGCUGUGCAAGAACUGCCUCCAAACCUGUCAACAUGCUGAUCCAAAAGGCCAUAAAUUGAUGGAAAAUCAAUAAGAUCAGCCAAUUUUCACGGAAUCUGCUGAGACGAAACCAGAAGAUCCCGAAGGGGUGCGUGAUGUCACACGUGUAACAAUCCAGGAAAGAUGACCACAAGAGUAUCGUUAGGGAAGAAGUACUUCAUUCUUCUAACUGGAAAGACAUUGAAGUCUGAUGAACACUUCGUAACUCGGCUCAAAAAUGAAGCAAACUGGCUGGAGAAGGUGGAGACAGUGAGUGCGUGUGAUUUCAUUCUGGCUUUCUGCCCUGUCGUUUCACAAGCUGGAACUGACAUUGAAGCAGCCGUGAAAAAGCUUCAUGAUACUUCAGCUACAAAACCUGCUGUUCUGGUGGUGCUCCAUCACACGUUUGAUCCAGAGUAUGCUGCACCAGACAGCAGCAGAGCUGUAAACACAGAGAAUAUAAUCACCUUCGACUGUCUGUUCCAUGAAGAUCAGGGAUUACUGCAGUGCAAGAAAAAUGAUGAUGUCUUUGAGUCCAUUAAAAUGCAGACAAAACCACCGAUGCAAAAACCAUUAAUGCUCUUGAAAGAAUGGAAACCUAAAAUCAGGGGUAAUGAACAAGGACCUUCCUCUCAGGUGCAAAAAGCAGCCAUCAACUUCAAAGAAUGGGGCCGUAAAAUCAGGGGUAAUGAACAAGGACCUUCCUCUCAGCCAUGUGACCCAGGGGAAAGUCAGGCCAAUCAGAAGAUCCCUGAACAUGAACGUGCUUCUGAAAAAUUUGACACAGAGAUUACACGACUGGAAACAUUUGAAAAGGAAGAAGUUGAAAAGAAAAUGGAGUCACUUCUGAAUGCAGAUUUUUCUGAGUUAAUUCUUGCAACUGAACUGAGGCUGGUGCUGUUGGGGAGGACUGGAUCUGACAAGACUGCAGCAUUGAACAUCAUCCUGGGCAGAGAGGAGAGGAACCAGGCUGAUGCUGCAUCUCUAUCCACCCAGCAGAGUGAGAGCACACAGGGGGAAGUGGCUGGGAGGAGGGUGAUUGUGGUGGACAUGCCUGACUGGUUCUCUUCUGAACUCUCUUUGGAGGAGCUGAGACAGAACGUGGAACACUGUGUCCAUCUGUCUGCUUCAGGACCCCUCGUCUUUCUCCUGGUCAUACCUGCAAAGCAUUUGGAAGACACAGGAGUUCAUAAAGAACAGGAAGAGACAAUAUCGGAGCUGAAAGAUAUUUUUGGGAACAGAUUGUGGGGAAACAUCAUGAUCCUCUUCAUUGUUCAUGAUGAACUUCAGAAGAGUAACAUUGAGGAGUGUAUCCAAACAGGAAACUGGGCAUUUCACAGACUUGUAGAGAAAUGUGGGAAAAGGUCUCACUGUCUUAACAUUAUGGAGAGGGAAAAUGGUUCUCAGGUCUCAGAGCUGCUGGAGAAGAUAGAGAAGAUUGUGGAAGGAAACAAAAAUACAAGUGAGAUGAUUGGAAAAAUGCAGAGUGAAAGAGAGGCGAAGGUUGCAGCGAUCAGAAAAGAGCAACAUGAAAUGCAGAAAAGCCUCAGCACCUUUGAGAGUUAUAUUAAGGGUUAUGAAAAUGAUCUAAAAACCUUAGACAAAAAUUAUCUAAAAACCGUAGACAAAGAUGAUCUGAAAAAUAGAGAGAUGAUUCUCAAGCUGAAACAGGAGUACGAGUCAAAAAGAGAUAUUGGGCAACGUAUAAAGAAAAUGUAUGACAAUGUUGCAGGUCUGGAAGAAAACAGACGGUUUAUGAAGGUUAUUUUGCCAGAAAAUCAGCAAACUGUAUGGCUUUCACUGCCAGAUGAGCAGAACAAAAUGAUGCAGCAGCAGAAUGCGCUAACUCAACUUAAAGAAUUGUUUUUCAGAGUACCUGGAAAAGCGUCAGAUUAAUUAAAAUAUAUAUAAUUUGUGAGGAGGAUGAAGUUCUCUUCCUCUCUGUGUCCUCCCACUGUAUAAACCCUCAGCUGUCACUGCGAGACACACACACCCAUCAAUAAUAAGACACAGGUGUGAUCACUUUGCCACUCACCUUCCCUGGCCCCACCCUCCAUUCACAAACUGGCACUCGACCACACCCCUGCUGCCACAUACUGCAAGUCUGUAUGUUUUGUAUCUAGUUAUAAAGCUUAGCCCUUCAUAUUGUGGCACCAACUGCCAUCUGGUGCUCCCACAGUGCCUUGGGACGAUCAAAUCUUACAUUAUAUGGGUGAUAACAUCAGAAGCCCACAUCGGGUUCCACUUCUAUCAGCUGUGAACAGAAAGCUGAGGCUGCAAUGGGCACAGGCUCACCAAAAAUGGACAGCUGAAGACUGGAAAAAAUGUAGCCUGGUCUGAUGAAUCUCGAUUUCUGAUGAGGCAGACAGAUGGUAGGCUCAGAAUUUGGUGCCAACAGUUUCAAUCCAUAGAUCCAAAAGCACUGAGUUAACAGUACAGGCUGGUGGAGGUGGUGUCAUGAUGUGGGGAAUAUUUUCUUGGCACACUUUGGGCUCGUUAAUGCCGAUCGAUCGAAUGCCCCAGUCUGUGAGUAUUGUUGCUGACCAUGUGCAUCCCCUCAUGACCACAAUUUGAAAUUAACUGGAGACUGUUUCUUCUCUGUUGCCCCUUUUUUGUUGUUGCAUCUGCCACUAUAAUUAAAGUCUACAUUGAACUGAACAUUUGUUACAGUGACACUCAUACUGAAACUGAAAACAUCUUGUAUUUUUCCACAGCAGAGGGUAGUAAAAUGUACAUCAUCUUUGGCAGUGCUUCAGAAAAAUGUUUGAACAAAUAAUAAUUUAUAUAUAUAAAAUUAGUUUAACCAGAUGUCACUUAGAUCUAAUCUUAUG